CUGCAGCUUCACUUUACACUAAGGUGGGGGAGAACAGACCGCAUGUUCCUUUGACAUUCCAGCUCAAGGGAAAAGGGGGGUUGCUGGUGUAGCCUUUCAUUCAACAUUGAAUGUAAACCAAUCCUCAACUUACUCAACAGCUGUAACCUCCCACCACAGAGGAGCUCAGUGUUUGAGACAGUGGAGGCAGCACAUGGACUCUUUACACACCACCACCACAGUAGAGGAGUAACAAUAUUCCUCUCACUGACAAGAACAGGUAGCAAGUCAAAAUGGCACAGUGGAUUUUCCGAUUGAAAGGUUGCCUCGGCGCUAAAGUGUACUCAGAGGUCCCAGAUGGUGGUUGGGGUUGGAUUGUGGCUGUGGCCUUUUUCCUGGUGGAGGUGUUCACUUACGGGGUUCUCAAAAGUUUUGGGAUUUUUCUCAAGGAUUUAAUGAGUGACUUUGGCGAGAGCAACAGUCGAGUAUCAUGGAUCAUUUCAAUAUGUGUCUUUGUUAUGACUUUCACAGCUCCUUUAUCAUCAGUCCUGAGUAAUCGAUUUGGCUUCCGGCCAGUUGUGAUGUUUGGAGGAUUUCUUAUAUUUCUGGGCACAAUCUGAACAGCAUUCACCAGCUCCAUCAGUCAGAUGUACCUCACUAUUGGGAUUGUGACAGGACUGGGUUACUGUCUGACAUUUCUGCCAACCGUCACAAUCUUGUCCCAGUACUUCAGCAGGCGUCGUUCUGUGGUCACAGCCAUGGCCUCCACUGGAGAGUCAUUUGCUAUAUUUGCUUUUGCUCCAGCAUUCACAGCUCUUAAGAACUGCAUUGGCUGGAGGUACACAAUGGUGGUGAUUGGGACGUUACAGGGCAUCAUUAUUAUCUGUGGGGCUUUGCUCCGUCCCAUAGUCAUCAAACCAAAGACUUCUCCAACAAGAACUGAGCAGAAGAUCACAUGCUCUCUUCCAGAAGAACAAAUGCAAGGCUCUGUGAGCUCUGGAGAUUCAGGUGUACAGUCACUUGAUGAGUUGGAACGGGAUCUCAAAUCUGGGAAGGAACAGGGAGAAGUGGAACCACUUAAGAUCAUUCCAAAGAAACAGGACAUUUCAAGUAGAAAUAAGCUCCUGGAUUUGACUGUACUAAAAGAAGGCAGUUUCUUAUGUUACUCAGCCUUUGGCCUUUUUGCAACACUUGGCUUUUUCGCCCCACAGCUGUAUGUGGUGGAGCUCAGCGCCAGUUUGGGUACUGAGAGGGACAAGGCUGCCUAUAUGCUGUCAACAAUGGCCAUUGCUGAGAUCUUUGGACGUCUCUCCAUCGGAUGGGUCCUGAACUGGGGGCGCAUCAGGAAGAUCUUCGUACUUCUUGGAUGCGUGUCACUGAUGUGCCUGGUGCUGGUGUUCUUCACCAUAGUAAAUGGUUUCUGGGGACUGGUGGUAUGCUGUGUGCUUUAUGGCUUCUUACUUGGGAACAUUGCAUCCACGCACAUCCCAAUGUUGGCUGAGGAUGAUGUGGUAGGGAUCCAGAGGAUGCCCUUAGCUGUAGGCGUCUACGUCUGCAUUCAGAGCUUUGCAGGACUGGCUGGUCCACCAUUAGGAGGUGUCCUUGUGGAUGUUACACAGAAUUACAGGGCUGCAUUCUACUCCUGUGCUGCGGGAAUGGGACUAGGCGCUGUCUUCCUUGGAUUCGUACAUCCAGCUAAGACAGGUCAUCUGUGCUCGAGGAGGGACAAUAGACAAAAUAACCCCAUAGUGGAGCAAGUGUCCAAAGACAAAACUGAGGAAUUCCUAGAAAUGGAUAAGAAGUUAUUAAGUCUUGAAAAAAAGACUUCCUUUGUGAAUUUACUGUAACUGAACAUUAGGUAUUAUCAGACCUGGUGAUAACAUAGGAAAACUUUCACAACUAUAACUAAAAUAUAACUGAAAUUAAUGAUUCAUAAUAAUUGCUUACAGGGUUAGUUCACCCAAAAAUGAAAAUUCUGUCAUCACUGAUGCACAAUAAACAAUUAGGGUUUUUUCUCACAUCACCCAAGUGCUGUUUAGCUUCCGUUUACUUUAUGUGCUCUAUGUCUGUAUAUUUCAUUGGUUUGGAAUGGCGUAAUUUUCAUUUUUGGUUGAACUAACCCUUUAAGAUGUGCAAACGUUUAUACACUGAGAUUAUACAUGUGAUUAUCAUAGUACACUAUAUUAGCAGUAGCUGUCAUGAAAACUGAUUAGACUUGAAAAACAAAUUUUUAUGAAUGUUUGUAAUACUAAACACUGAGACUUUUGUCGAUUAGAAUUCUAGAUGCAAAAGAAACAAACAUAAUGUGUAACAGGAAACCACAUUUUUGUGGUUUUAGUUAUUAUGGGCAAGGGGUGAUUACUGAUGGGUAAAGCAACGACCAAAGAUAAUUCUGAAUUCAGCAACUGAGGUUAAAUAAUCUAAAAUGUUAUAGAAAAGGGUUAGAAAGAGGUAUUUGAUACUUUAUUUUUAAAAGUAACCUUUUUUAAUAUUUUCAAAAGAGCGCUGGAUUGCUCUUCAGUACUUUAAAUUCAGCUCACCUCAGGUCAGCUUUCAACUAGUAUACUGCAACACCUGUCUCCUAAAUGGAUGCUAAAACCUGGUAAACAACUUUAUUAAUGCAAAUAGUGUCUGUUUAGGGUGUUGUUUAGCCUUCCGAUGCUCACGGCAAUGUUCUGAACUGUGAAUUACAUUUCCAUCUCUGUUAUGUAGAGAUAACUGUGAAUUCAAAGCUUUUCAGGGCUCAGGAUGAUGCUACUGAAAUGAAGACAAGGGGUUUCCCAAAGUGAUGCAAUGCCAAAUUCAAAUGUGAGUGUGUCUUAAAAGACUACUUCAUCACUUACCUCUAUAGUAAACUACAUUUGUUCUUGAAAUACUGUCAAAUGACUUGAAUUUUAUAGUGGAAAGGAAUUAUAUUUGCUGUAUGUUCAGUGGAAUGUGAAUAUGUGGUCUUAUGAGGUCUUCUGCACAAUAGGCACAACUGUUUUAAUAAUCUUCAAAUCAGAUUGAAAAAUAAACAUUUUUAGACUGUU